UGGUAUGACCAUGUGAAGGGCUACUGGGAGCGGAGGAAGGAGCACCCCAUCCUCUUCCUCUUCUACGAGGACAUGAAGGAGGACCCACAGCGGGAGAUUGGGAAGGUCGUGCAGUUCCUGCAGCGGGAGCUGUCGCCGGCGGUGCUGGAUGCCAUUGCCCAUCACACCUCCUUCGAGAGCAUGCGGGACAACCCCACCACCAACUACACCUCGGUGCCUGCUGACCUCAUGGACCACCAUGUCUCUCCCUUCAUGCGCAAAGGCAUUGCCGGUGACUGGAAGAACCACUUCACGGUGGCGCAGAGCGAGCGCUUCGACGAGGAUUAUGCCCGGAAGAUGGCAGGGACCGACCUGCGCUUUCGCACCGAGCUCUGAGGUGGCGGCCACCACA